GUCAAAAAAGAAAAUGAAGAAAAAAGAAGAUGGCUCUCUUGUAGUAGAGAAAGAUUCUAAAACCAAUGUGGUAUCAAUCAAGACUUCGUCCAAACGUAAGCAGACCAUAAAAAUUAAGAACGCAAACGUUCCUAUAAAAGCCAUGGGGACCAUUGAUCCGUCAAGUUCAAUAGACCUCGACAACAUCAUCACUGAUUUCAAGAAGAUAAAAUAUAGUGACUUCGGGUACGACUCAGACAGCCACUUUCUUGAGUUCCUACAAAUCGACAGAGGAUCCAAAUGGAACUUCCUUUUCAAGCAGCUCUUCCCUGAUCGCAAGAACCAAGAAACCCUUUACAACAAGAACAUGCACAAGAAGAAGACUAAGAAGUGGAGGAAGAGGAAAACAAAUAAAGAAAGCAUGAAAGUUUAUAAUAAGGCAAACAAGACUUAUAAGCAGUAUUUGAAUGUGACACCUGCUUUCCAGCCCAUGAAAAUAAAACCCAAACCAUCGAGUCUCCGGAGGAGCCUGAACCCGCCCAGUAUGGACAAGAGCUCUAGAAUGUCAAGCAUGUGAGACGAAAGUGAUAGAAUUUGUUCAGUAUCAGACGAUGUCAGGACCGAGCUAGCACUCACCAGGCCUAAGAGUCUUUAUGAAAAGCUCAGAAAUGAGAGAAUAGAUUUAAUUAAACUUAAUCAUGCUCAUCUGCGUGAAAAACUCAAAUUUGAUGAACUAAAGACCGAUGCUGAGAAGAUGGAGGAGACUCUGAACCAAGGCAUUAAUUUUGUGAAGAAUAUCGCUGCUUCCCACCAAAGGGACUGAAGGAAUGAUUUCCAGAACCAAAAAUAAGUUCCACUCCAUCCGGAAUAUUCAAAAUAUAUCAUCAGAUAACAAGGGGUAUCUCGCAGUAUCAGUUCUCAAUGGAAGCAAAAACUUUGCUCAAACGUUCAAGUUCAACUCUAGGCAAAGAAGACAGCUAGACUCUCAGCCUGAACAAAAGAAGCAGGGAGCACACAAUUCAGGGCUGAAUUUGUUUGAGGAAGACCUAAGCCCUGAAGGCUUCCAUAACGACUCCAAAUCCCUUGACGAAGACUAUAACUUCGAGAAGGAAGAGUCCUUGCAUAUGAAGCACAAGAACGUCAAAAGAAGAUAUCCCAAAAUAUUAAGCGGGAUCUGAAACAAUGAUUAUAAAAAUAAGAGCUUUCAGUUGCACCCUACCAAGAUUGAAGAAGUAGAGGUCCCUGUAAACCUGGAAGAAGAUUACACUGAAACAGCUAAAGAUGAGAGAAGCAAGACGAUGGUACUAUCUACCCAAGCUCGCCUUGCCAAAAAGUCCAAACAGGGUCAAACAUUCCUAUCAAAAUUCCUGAAGCUCCGAAAACGCCAGCGAAGAAGACUUGACAAGAAAUACCCUUUAAAAUAUCGCCCAUCAAAGACAAAAAACUACCCUUCAUUUACUCCAAAAUAUCUCUUCUCAAGUCCAAGGAAUGCGAGCUUCUGAAAUUUUGCUAAAUCAAAACAGCUUUUCCUGAGCACCCAGGCCAGCUUACCAUUCAAGUCCAAAGCUCGUCGGGCUGUCAACCGCAGCCUCGAUGCUGAGCGUCUAAGCACACAAUUCAGGAAAUUACCGCAAGGCUUUCUGUACAUGCCUUCAUCCUUAAAACUUAAAAGGUAGAAUAUUUGACCAUUUCU